AAAAGGAGAGAAAGGAAAGCGCGAGGAGACGCCGCCACCGCCGCCAGCGCAGCUGUGCCAGAGCCGCGAGGAGACCGGCCGCCCGACUCCCCCCCCCCCCCCCGCCGGCCGCCGCGUCCUCGGAUUUGUUCCAACAAUCUGUUAAAACAUGGUGGAUUACUAUGAAGUUCUGGGCGUGCAGAGACAUGCCUCACCUGAGGACAUUAAAAAGGCGUAUCGGAAACAGGCACUUAAAUGGCAUCCGGACAAAAAUCCUGAAAAUAAAGAAGAAGCAGAGCGGAAAUUCAAGCAAGUAGCUGAGGCAUAUGAGGUGUUAUCGGAUGCUAAAAAGCGGGACAUCUAUGACAAAUACGGCAAAGAAGGAUUAAAUGGUGGAGGAGGAGGUGGAAGUCAUUUCGACAGUCCGUUUGAGUUUGGCUUCACAUUCCGGAAUCCAGAUGACGUCUUCAGGGAAUUUUUUGGUGGAAGAGACCCGUUUUCAUUUGACUUCUUUGAGGACCCAUUUGAUGAAUUCUUUGGGAACCGAAGGGCUUCCCGAGGAAAUAGAAGUCGAGGUACAGGCUCGUUUUUCUCUGCCUUCAGUGGAUUUCCUUCCUUUGGAGGUGGAUUUCCUGCUUUCGAUACAGGAUUCAGUUCGUUCGGGUCACUAGGACACGGGGGCCUCACUUCAUUCUCUUCAGCAUCAUUUGGUGGCAGCGGAAUGGGCAACUUCAAAUCAAUAUCAACUUCUACUAAGAUAGUUAAUGGCAAAAAAAUCACUACAAAGAGAAUUGUGGAGAAUGGUCAAGAAAGAGUAGAAGUUGAAGAAGACGGACAGUUAAAGUCCUUGACGAUAAAUGGUGUGGCCGACGAGAACGCCUUUGCAGAAGAAUGCCAGCGGAGAGGCCAGCAAAUACCAGCUCUGGCCCCUGGCCCGGCCCCAGCAACAGUACGGGCCCCCUCCCCGACCCGGCCCCCGGCCCCAGCUCCAGCCCCGACUCCGGCCCCUUCUAUCAGCACCCGCACACAGAAGCCACCCAGGCCUGCCCCGACGGCCAAACUUGUGUCUAGAAGCAACUGGGAAGAUGAAGAGCAGGACAGGCAGCAGGUUCCUGGCAACUGGGAUGCCCCCAUGACCUCAGCAGGUGUGCAGAAGGGAGCUGGUGUGGAGCACCCCCAAAGUGGUUUGCCCCCAGACCCAGGACAGCGAAAACAGCAAUCAGGCCUAUGUUGCUGCAUUCUGACCUGAGCAGGCUUGGGGAGCUGGGGGAAGGUGCCAGGCCUGCUGAGCAGGGGUAGAGGAGAUCCCUGCACCCAGUUCACCUCCCACAGCUGCUCUAUGGACAGCCUAGCUGCGUGGUUCAAAGCCAACCCCAUGAUUAAAACGGGGGUCCCAGUAUUCUGAUGUGUAUGGAGUAUGUUGUCUGGGUUUAGUUGAUGCUGAGGAAAUGCUUGAUGCUGCUUCUAUCCCCAGUGGCUCCUUUUUAUAAUUUUGAUACUAGAUCUUGAGAUUUGUCACUUAACCUGAUUUGCCCAAGGCCACUUGCAUACUUAUGUUAGCUUUACUUUGCAGAAAGAAAGAUACAGCCAGUAGGUUCCCAGUAGAGUGCUCUCAGGUGAGCCACUGGUGAAGGUGGAGGCCUGGCUCCUCCCUCAGUGCUCAUGACGGGAUUGUCCACUGCCACUGCCCAGCUCUACCCUCAGCCAGCAGCUUGUAUAUCUUCAGGAGCAUUUCCUGUAGAACAUUCUGGAUGGUCAGCAUGUACACAAAGAGCUUUCCCAGUCAGGCCCAAGCCCCCUAUCAGUGUAGUUUUAUGGCCCAGAAGUGAGACAAGUUUGUGCCUAUGGCUGCACAAACUCAGCAGGCCAGACUGCAGAGAUUUGGCUUGAUUGUCCAUAUCUGAUUGUGUUGCAAAGUGCUCCAAGUAGGAAGCAGGGAAUGGUCAAGUCUUUUGCUUCCCAGAACUUUGUAUUAAAGUCAAGCCCCCAAAUCCCUUUAGGUUCUCCUCAGAGGAGAAUGAAGCAGAGAGCCCUCUAGGGUUUUACAAGCAAAAGAAAACAUACUAUGUACAGUCCCCAAUGGGUAAGGCAUUGCUGGAACUGGGCAGCAAGCAUAUAGUUACCCUGCUGUGGGGAGAUGCCAGCGAAAACAGAUGGGUGACUGGGACAUGAGCUUUGUGCAACUGAGUGACAGAUGGGCAGGGUUGCCUGACUGCAUAGGACGCUUUCGUGUGCCUCAGUGGCUAUGGACACCUCCCAAUGUCCACUCCCAGAGCUCCCAGGAGAACUGGGAAGGGCGGUGGGAGGUCAAAGCAGCAGACUUGUAGAUUCUACCCCCCCCCCCAUCCCCUUCAUGUUCAUUUGUGAAGGCAUCAUAACGCUGACCCGUGAGUCAAUCUGGUUUCUAGAAGGUGCGUAGGGACAGGCCUGCCUGCAGAACUUGUUCACAGGUGCGCAGGCCUCCCACCACAGGAUCUGGACAGGAAGUGUGACUGCAGCAGAUGGCCAUUCUCUUGGCCCUGGACCAUGCCUGUUAAGCAAAAAGUGAUCAGCCAAGGCCAGAGAAUCUGGAGACAGUAGAGUAGUUGAGUAGUAGGAAUAGCAAAUCACUCUCCCCUUGUUGCUUGGUCAGUACUGAUCCAGACCUUUUCUGUGUGUGUGUGUGCGAACUAGUGAGACUAGUAGAAAUUCUUGGCCUAAGAGUCUGGAAAAGCUGUGAAUGAGGUGAUCGUCCUGUACAUCCCCGAGUCUGGAGUCAGAAGCAUAUGGCUCUGGGUGUAGCCCUGUCCCUUUGGGAACCAUGAUUUCAUAUAGAAAAGUGUGAGCAGUCCUGCACUUACCUUCUAUAGAAAAGCAUGUGAGCAACCCUUCACUUAAUUUCUAUAGAAAAGUGUGAGCAGCCCUUCACGUACCUUCUGUAGUGAGCAACCCUGCACUUACCUUCUAUAGAAAAGUGUGAGCAGCCCUUCACUUACCUUCUAUAGAAAAGCAUGCAAGCAGCCCUUCUCUUGCCUUCUAUAGAAAAGGGUGUGAUCAGCCCUUCUCUUGCCUUCUAUAGAAAAGCGUGAGCAGCCCUUCACUUACCUUCUCACUCAGAAAUGAUGACUCAUUUUGAAGUGGGGUUCUCCAAAUUGCCACCUGAGCUACAUGAGAACUUGGGUUAUCAACAAAGUGAAAACAAACCGUCGUGAAGGACUUUAGAAACUUAGCUACGGUUCAAAAGUGGUUUCUGGUUUCCACAGCGACAAAGCCGUAGCCUCUGGGCAGCAUAGCUUGCUCUGUACUGCAAGCCACUGUCCUCCAGGCAACACAGAAAGCUUUGCAAAGUCUGGUGCUCUGCUUUUGGGAUCAGGAGGAUUAAGACCAGACCUUUCCCCUUAAAAUUCUGAGAGCUAUGUUGAAGAACUAAGAUGAUCUGGGCCAGGCUUCCUGCCUGUGUAGCCUUCAGUGGUUUUGCUGUUACUGUUAGUUUUAUAAGUCUUGGGCAAGUUUGAAACUUUGUGCAGAAUUUCCCAGCGGCAGCUUCCAUUGGCUGUUGGCCAGAGAUCUGUCAGGUACAGUCUAGAUGAGCCAGGCCGGUUGGCAUCAGGAUGGGGAGUUUCUUCGAUGAAAGUGAUUUUCACUGAGGUGUCAGUCCCCCAGGAGUUUCAUGGCUUGAACAUUGUGUGUGUGUAUGUGUGUGAGAAACUGGAUUGUCCAUGUGCUGGGUAAGCUCCGUAUCCCUGAGCCUUGGAUUUAGUAUGUGUUAUGUUGACUUUUUCUUUUUUCUUCUUUUUGGGCUAUUCUGUGACCUUUAAAAUUUGUGCUGCUGCACUUCUUGGAGAAGGGAUUAGUGGCAUUUUUCAUUUGUGUGUUUUGUACACAGCAUUGGUCUGUGAACUGUGAAGAACACAUGGCCAUUAAAAAUGGAAAUUAUCCAACAUGAGGAAAAUCAUGAAGGAAGGAGUAGACUUAUCCUUCCUUCUUGCUGAACUUGACCCUGCCCUGUGUACUGCUGUGGAGCAUAGACCUCUUCACAGGGCACGACUUGUAAUUCAGAGAGCUGGGCCUUGCAUCUAACUCUGCUGCUGGCCUGCAUCUUUGCGCCACCACCUGCCAAACUAAUUCAUGUGCUAAGAUUUUGGUGGAUCUCACUGUGGGAAUUUUGAGGUGUCAUUGGGCCUGUUUUAGAAGUUGGGGAUCUGAGAUCUCUUGUGGCCCUUCUUCAACAUGAGGCCCACAUCCUACCUGCUUCAUUGUGGCCAGGGUCUAAGAGCUUCUGCAGGACUGAAAGCAGAGCCCUUCAUUGCUGGCUCAUUGGAAACAUCCAGAGACUGAGCCUCCAUCCAUCUACUGUGGGCUUGGUUGGUAAGGUUGUACUUACUAGCUUUAAUGACAGGAAAAAUGACAGUGGUUUUGUUUUCAAGGAAGAAAAAUGGUCUGCCAGGGAGAGUGGACUGUCCAUUGCAGAAGGGAACUGUGGAAGGUCUCUGAUGGACCCGGGAGAGUAGGUGACAGGGCUGUGCAUUCUGCAGGUAGGGCCUUGGCAGGGCCUCUGAGGAUUCUGUUGCACAGAGCUGGUUCUGUGACUGGACUGCUGGGUAAAUGCAGGAUGCUUGCUGUGAGUAGCACUGUAUGGUAGUCAUGUUCUGUGAGUAAUAUGGAAGGUCUUCAGCCUGCUAUUCCAUACAGUUGGUAUUUUCAUGUGGACAGCAUGAGUGACUGUUCUGUUGUCUCUGUCCAUGGGGAAGUGUCUAGUGAGUGACGUGCCUCAUGGGGAAGCAGUUGUUGGUGUGCUGUGUUUCACAAGCCAUGUUUCCUUAGGGCUCAAGGAAGGUGGCAA